AUGUCCGUGUCUAAAAAGAAGGACGAGGACAAGGAGAAGAAGUUUCUCGGACGUCUCCAGUACAAGCUCGACUAUGACUUUGAUAAAAACGCGGUCAGCUCACUCACCCCGAUCCCCAAAAUUCACUUUUCGCUGUUUUUCAGCUCACCGUCGUUAUUGUGCAGGCGGAAGAACUGCCGGCGAUGGACUUGGGCGGCACUUCCGAUCCCUACGUCAAACUGUUUUUGUUGCCCGAAAAGAAGAAGAAGUUCCAGACUAAAGUGCAGAGAAAGUCACUGAACCCCGUGUUCAAUGAGAGCUUCACUUUCAAGGUGGGAAUUCUAGAAACCGUAUGUCAAGUUGAAAGAGUGACUCUUUCAGAUUCCAUUCAAUGAAAUCGGCGGGCAGACUCUGGUACUCAAUGUGUUCGACUUUGAUCGUUUUGGAAAACACGACCAGGUAUGUCUGCGGGGGAUGGGGAGGAUGACAAAUUAUAGUCGAAAGGGGUACAGUAGUCGUCAUGACAUCACCUGUGGCAAAUGCGAAAACAAAGAGCGUCAACUAUAUAAUCAGUGGGGAAUUUCAGAUCGGACAAAUCUCAAUCCCGCUUGGAAAGAUCGACCUAGCAUCGACGAUCGAAAGAACCGAUCUGAUCGAGAGCCCUCCGGAGAACCGGCUCGGAGAAGUGUGUCUGGCCCUCCGUUACGUUCCGAACAAGAACAAACUGUCGGUGGUGGUGAUGGAGUGCAAGAAUCUGAAGAAGAUGGACGUGCUCGGCCUCUCCGAUCCCUACGUCAAGAUCUACUUGAUGAUGGGAACGAAACGUCUGGAGAAGAAGAAGACGACCAUCAAGAUGAAGACGUUGAAUCCGUACUACAAUGAAUCGUUCAGUUUCGAUGUGACUCCGGAGAAGAUGAUGGUAAGUAUUGGGUAGAGGGGAAGGAUUACUGUAACGGGGAUGUUUUCCAGAGAGUCCAUCUUCAUGUCACCGUUUCGGAUUACGAUCGUGUCGGUUCGAACGAGCGUAUCGGGCAGGUUCGUUUUCUAAUUUUAGACGGAGACUCUCUAGUUGGUCGUUGAUCGCGGGAAAGGGAAGGAUAUUUGAGAAGGGAGGGAAGAUUUCCGGAAUUUCAAAUUUCCGAAUUCUUAAUUUCGGCACGUGAACUCGAAUUCUCAGGGGGGAUAAAGAGAUGCCACGUCAUAACGAGAUGCGACUUCCAGGUUAUGAUCGGCACGUGCGCCACGGGCGUCGCUCUGAAACAAUGGAACGACAUGCUGGCGACACCUCGUCGAUCGGUGGCUCAAUGGCACACUCUCGUUCCGUUCAACGACGAUUAG